UGGCUCCACCAAUAACAGAUUGUAAAUCGCGUUUUUGUCGUCUUCCUCUCCCUGCAUUUAUUUAGUCCGGAAGUGUUUUCUUUGGAGACCAAAACACCAUAAAGAAUAUUUUACCUGAAUUGUUGCCAAUUUCACAUUAUUGUGCCCUGAAAUUUUAACGCUAUACUCGUCCGUGUGUUGCACGCGUGGAUUAUGAGAGCACCAUUCGGAGGGGGGAGCACAGCGUGAACUGAGUCUCCGUGAGUCAUCUAUAUGGGCCAUCUUCUCUCGAAAAAUGGUUACCGCCUGAACAAGAGGACACGCAAGCUGCACCACAGGAAGAAGAAGAAGAGGAACUGCUUCCUGCAGGGGCCCUGCAUGCUCUGCUUCAUCGUCCACGGCAACAGCGGGGGCCUCGACGACGACGACAGCGACCAAUUUGAGACCGGGGUCAACGGCGGAGGCAGAGGACGUUGUCACAGCAACGCAGGUGGUACCGGAAUCGGAAGCACCUCAAAGCUCGCUGGGCGGUACGCUGCUCUCACUUCCCCUGAGGACUGUGCCAAGUUCCUGCUGUCGCCAAGGGAACUAGCCAUCUGGGAGGGCCAAGGGAGGAGUCUACUGUCGGCCGUGCCGGCUAAGCUGAUUCCACCGCCAGCGCUGUUCCGGAGUGCAGGGAUUCCAGUGCCCAUAGCUGUGGCUGUUUCUGUGCCUGGUAGUGCCAGUGACUACGCUGAGAUGGUGUGUAAGAGGAAGUGUGCGGAGGUGCAGAGGUGCACACCCUGUAAGCAGCCGCGAUGUGCCUUCCCUGUCCCUGAGGGAGGUGUGGAGGAUGGAGGAGGAGGAGGAAGUGGGGAUGCCUCCUCUAACUCCGGGACUGGCCACUGCCACCUCUGCCCCCUGCCCUCAUCCUCUUCCUCCUCAUCCUCGUCUGUCGAGGGCUGCUGUGGGAUGGCUCUCCAUGGUGAUCCGCUGCCCCAGAGUUCUGACUCCUCCCCCUGCUGUCCGCAUCACCAUGACGACUGCCAGGGGAGAGGCAGUGACGUGAUUGACACAUCCAGCAUCAACCGCCUCCCCUCCUCCAUCCUGCUUAAGGUGUUCUCCCACCUGUCGGUGAAAGAGCGCUGUCUGUGUGCCUCGCUGGUCUGUAAGUACUGGAGGGACCUCUGCUUAGACUUCCAGUUCUGGAAGCAAAUUGACCUCAGUGGCCUACAACAAGUAAAUGAUGACCUCCUGGUGAAGAUAGCGUCUCGGAGGCAGAAUGUGACGGAGUUAAACAUCUCUGACUGUCGUGGCGUGCAGGACCACGGUGUGUGUUCCCUGGCAGCCCACUGCCCGGGCCUUCAGAGGUACACAGCUUACCGCUGUAAACAGCUGAGUGACCUGUCCCUCAGCUCCCUGGCCUUACACUGUCCUCUGCUGGCCAAGGUCCAUGUUGGAAACCAGGACAAACUGACAGACGACGCACUCAAAAAGUUAGGAGAACACAGUUCAGAGUUGAAGGACAUCCACCUGGGUCAGUGCUACAGUAUUACUGAUGAGGGGAUGGUGGCUCUGUCCAAGGGAUGUCCCAAGCUGCAGAGAAUCUACAUGCAGGAGAACAAACUGGUAACUGAUAAGUCGGUGAGGGCGUUUGCCGAGCACUGUCCUGAGCUGCAGUUUGUGGGCUUCAUGGGCUGUUCUGUGACAUCACUGGGAGUCAUCCAUCUUACUGGGCUGCGUAACCUGAGCAGCCUGGACCUGCGGCACAUCUCCGAGCUCAACAACGAGACCGUGAUGGAGGUGGUCCGGAAGUGUAGGAACCUCAGCUCCCUCAACCUCUGUCUCAACUGGAGCAUCAACGACAGCGUGUUGUCCAGGUCUGGUAAUGGAGGAGGAUGUGAGACGAGGUGGAGGAUGUCAGCGUGGUGUGUGGAGAUCAUCGCCAAGGAGGGGAGGAGCCUCAAAGAACUCUACCUGGUCUCCUGCAAGAUCACAGACCACGCUCUGAUAGCGAUUGGCCAGUACAGCAGCACCAUAGAGACAGUGGAUGCAGGCUGGUGUAAAGAGAUCACUGACCAGGGAGCUACGCAGAUUGCCAGAAGCAGCAAGUCACUACGAUACCUGGGCCUCAUGAGGUGUGACAAGGUGAACGAGGAGACUGUGGAGAGGCUGGUGGUGCAGUACCCUCACAUUGUGUUCAGUACGGUGAUGCAGGACUGCAAGAGAACCCUGGAGAGAGCCUAUCAGAUGGGCUGGAGCCCCAACACAUCCAACGCCUCAUAGCCACCGCUGUAGCCCCCCCCCCCCCCUCUACGCACGCACACACACACACACACACGCAUGCGUAUACAUUGCCGCACACACUGACAUAGGCGUGUGCACAGUCAAAGUGAAAACUCACCACAUGGCCAAUCAUGUUUACUUCAAACAUACUACUACAAACACUUAGUAAUACCUUCACACUCAUUUAAACAAACCGGUUGAUCCACAUUUUCACCUUCUGGAAAGAUGUCUGUAGUUUUGGGUUGUUUUUAUUUUUGUAGAUGUAUUUUAUUUUAUCUAUGGACCUUUUUUGGAUUCCAUUGUAGUUCAGUCAUAAGUCAUAGACAAAUCAUACUGUACAUCACUGUAUACCUCUGUCUUAGGCUUGUGUAUCAAAGAACUGUAUUGCCCAUAGUGCACUUCUUUUGACCAGAGCCCUAUGUGGCUGUAGUCAAAACUAGUGCUACAGUGCAUGGUGAUAGGGUGUCGUUUGAGGGUUGACUUUUGCUGUGCUGGCAGUUUUGUGAGCCUUACAUUUCCCCCUGACUCCAGUCUGGAUGCAAUAGCAGACUUGCGGAUAUGGAGUAGCGACUGAAAACAAGGAAACAUUGUUCUAAACAUGUUAAAAACAUUAUACUCUGGUCUCGUUGACCAUUAGGGCUACAUGUUUUGAUCACUGUGAAGUCAAUGUCGUUUCAUACUGGACAUGUUUCUACCUUUUCUGUUGGAUGUUCAUACGUGUGUCGUGUUUUUAAGGCCCCGAGGGUUCUCUGACCAUGUGACCCGAUCAGGAAGAACUUCCGGUCCAAGAUAUAGGCUAGUUUUUCCCUGGUGAGCUCAAAAUGGGCAGGGUAAACUCCCGACCUAAUAUGAGGUUCCCGAUAUGGAACUAAGCCCCAUCUGAUGGACCAUAGCUAUGGCUCCCUGAUAAAAUGCUACAGUUGAGAGAUUCAAUCCAGCUGCACGGGAGAACUGCAGGGAAAUAUUGUUCCAGCUCACUAAAAAUGUAUAUUUUCAUUCCAAAUCUUAAUAUGCUCUUGUUUCAUCUAGUAAAUGUCAUGUCAUUCACACAGUUGAUGGACAUUUGUGUGGCACAGGAGCAGUGUUGGAUAUUGGUUUGUGCAGUUCAGGUUUCAUUGAAUGCCAUCCCUAAUCAUGGUUACUGUCACAGUACUCAGUGGGCUCAACAUAGAAGUUGCAACCCUGGACCUAUAGCAGAUGAUCCUAACCCUUAUCCCAACCUUAUAACCAUCAGGGAGAUGAAUCAAUAUCUGACUCUGGACCAGUGGUCAGGGGCAAAGUCAGCCUAUCCAGAACGGCUCAGCAUGUUCCCAAGGAGUAGUUUCUCAGCACUGAACACGAGUAAAUCAGAGAAACUCUCUACUUUCACUGAUGGAAACCUACACUUUUAAAGUCAUCCUCGUAAAAUGCUAUUUGUUUCUCAAUGACUUACCUGGCUGAAGAAAGGUUCAAUACUUCAGCUCUUCUGACAGAAACAUUGUCUUGAAGAUGUCUGUAGUUGUUCUUAAUGUCAAAAAAAAAGGUAAGAAAAAAUGAACGUAGAUGAGUCUGAACUUGUAAUGUCUUUCUCUGAUAUUGUUUUUUUAUUUUUAUCUUUCUCUCAGUUGAAGAUGAUGUUGUAUACUGUACCAUUAGUAUGGUGUAAUAAUCAAUGGUUUGGGAUUGUGCUCGGCUGUAUGAGAAUUUUAGUGAUUUCCACAGUAUGUAUACUCGACUAUAGGAUUAUACUUAGCCCAAUAUUGGUUUUGUUUGAGCAUAUAUUUUCAGAAUUAGUUGUGUGGCCAUGCAUCUACAGUAUAUCUUUGUUAGCAAUAGGAUCUAAGAUACUGGCUCAGAACGUAUAAUCAUGCCCUUUAUGGAAAUAAUAGGUGAGCUCUCUCUCACUCUCUCUCUCCCUCCCUCUCUCGUUCCUCAUCUGUUCCUCAUCUGUCAAUGGUAUGUUUAUGAAGCAAAUAACCAGGGUAUUUUUCUAUGGUGAUAACCAACUGGAACCAUUUUCUUUAGAUGCCGUCACUCGACUGUAUACACUAGUAGUUUUCUGAACUUAGGAUAGGAAGUAGCACUGUAAUAUUUUUUUUACAGAAACGUAGAGCUUAGAGACAAUUAAGAACACAUCCCUUGUCAGGACUUGUUGACUUCAGAUCGAGUCCUCGUUUCCCCCCCCCCCACCAGUUUUUUAGUUUGUUUUGUAAUCUCAACAUUAACUUUCUUUUUCUCUGCUUGAUGUUGGCACUCUUGAUCCCUGAUUUGUUAAAGCAAUCAGUAAACAACUGGAUUUACAUACAGAUGAAUAAAACACUACUACUUAAAGCGC